AUGGCAAUUCAGAUUUCGCCUUCCAUCCUCGGCGUUGUAGCGUGUGUGUUGUUUGCCGUGGCUGCCUGCGUAUAUCGUGCCCUGCUUCCCAAGCCAAUUCCUGGCAUACCCUACAACAAGGCCAGUGCCAAUCGGAUCCUCGGAGAUGCGCCAGAUCUUCUCAAGUGGCGUGCAGAGACAAAAGAGAUCUGGAGCUAUAUCAGAAAGCUUGCCGUCGAGCUCGAUUCACCGGUGAUCCAGAUGUUCAUGCGUCCGUUUGGAAAGCCAUGGGUGAUUGUCACCGACUUCCGUGAAGCUCAAGACAUCCAGAUAAAUCGACAACACGAGUUUGAUCGCUCCACUUACAUUGGCGAGGUUUUUGGGCCUCUGUUGCCUGGAAAUCACGUAUGGAUGCCCAGCAAUGAUGAAUUCCGAGCACACCGCCACCUCAUUCGAGAUACAAUGUCCCCAUCCUUCCUUUACGACGUUGUUGGCCCUGCAAUCCACUCCUCGACACAAGAUCUGCUCGCGCUUUGGCGCGAAAGGGCGCGCUUGGCCCAAGGGAGACCUUUUGAAGCCGGUCAAGACAUUAUCAGAAAUUUGGUGGAUGUUAUUCUAGUAGCCACUUUUGGGUUCGAGGUUGGCGCCAUAGCAUCGCAAACAAAGCUUAUCUCUGGAAUCAACAAGAUCGACCUUCCCUGGAACGUUGACGUACCUGCAGUCUUCCCGACCGCAAAGGAUCCGCAAGCAUUUACAUCAGUCAGGACAUUGGUAGACAGCCUCCAGAUUGCGCUGAGGUCUCCAGUACCAAGACAACACCUCACCUUCGCUCUGAAAUUCUAUCCCUCUUUGGUCUCCGCUAGGAGAUGGAACGAGAGAAUGAUGGGUGACCGGUUACAAGCCGCAUGGAAGAAGUUUUCUGAUAACGCAGACCAGGAUGAUCAAGUCAAAUCUGCUGUGGACCUGCUGGUGCAGCGAGAAGCACAGAUGGCUAAGAGGCAAAACCGCGACGUAAUGUACGAUACUCGGGUUAUCAGGGAUGAACUCUUUGGCUUUUUUUCAGCUGGCCACGAAACAACCUCGACAACGAUUUGCUGGGCCGUCAAGUACUUAACAGAACACCAGGAGGUACAGCAAACACUUCGCUCAUCGUUGAAGUUGGUGCAUAAGCGCGCAGCCGAAUCUGGAGAACUACCCACUGCACAAGAGAUUGCGAAAGCCGACAUUCCUUACCUCGAUGCCUUCAUCGAAGAAAACCACCGCUUGGGCAAUUCUAUUCCCACCGUCAUAAGAAUUACGACCAGAGACACUGUGGUCCUCGGCCACCGAAUACCGAAGGGGACUGACGUUUUCAUGCUCACGAAUGGACCCAGCUUUCAAACUCCAGCUUUUGCAGUGAACGAGUCUGCGCGCAGCAAAACCAGUCAGGAAUCAAAAGACAAAUACGGUGUUUGGGAUGCUUCCGAUAUCGAAAGGUUCAGACCAGAAAGGUGGCUUGUCAAAGAUCAUGAGGGCAACUUGAGAUUCAAUCCUCGUGCUGGACCUGUGCUCCCUUAUGGGUUAGGGCUGCGUGGUUGCUUCGGCAUCAAGCUUGCUGUGUUAGAAUUGAAGGUUAUCAUCACGCUCAUCGUGUGGAGCUUUGAGCUGCAGGAGACACCUCCGUCAUUAUCUGGGUUUGGAGGCGAUGACAUGAAUACUCACAGGGCGCAACAAAUCUACCUCAGACUGGCAGAAGCGAAAUGA